CAGCUCCACGCAGCUCGUACUUCACGGGCAGCCGGCGGAGGAGAGCCACCAGUCCGAGUUGGUUGAUCCGAGGCGACGCAGCAGCACCGACUGGCAUCCGCGCCGGAGAGGACCGAGAGCGCGUUCACUGCACACACACACACACACACACACUCACAGACAAACACACACAUCACCCCGUGCACGCCAGGAUGAUGAACGCACUCUGGAGGUUUGGACACUUCGGACAGCAGCGCUCGGUGGAAAACGGGAUUUAGUGGAGAAGUUGCUUCGCAGCGGCGGCGGUGCCCGAGCCGAGGACUCGGUCCGGUCCGGUCCGGUCGUGAGGAGGAUUUCUCCAAACCGCUGCCUGAAGCGCGAGGACCUGCGGAUAUUAAAGUAGUUUUAUGGGUUUUUGUGAAGUUUACCGGAGAAUAACGGCGGGUUUUCUUCUUCUGAACGCUCGGUGACAUCUGAGAGGCUGUGACUGUCACAACGGGAUACUCUGGGUCAGUGGCGGGGAGUCGUUGUCGGAUAGUUUCUUGCGGUGUCGGAGGCCGCUCUUCUGCCAAACAGCAUGCGGACGGAGGAUGUUGUCUGAGUCCGAGUCGGGCUUUGCUGCUCUGCGUCUCAACUCGCCGUCCAGAGGAAUGACGGCUCUGUGGUGCUCACUCUGGAUUUCUCUCCUCCUGCCUCUCGUCGUCACCCCGGCCAGGCUGCCCACUGCUCAGCCGACAGACUCUGUGUCCAGUGAGACAGCCUUCCUGGAGGACUAUGUUCGGGGCAUGGGGGACGACCUGGAAAUGUCAUGUGACCUGGAAGACCACUCGGAGCCUGUCAUAUGGUACAAAGAUGGCACCGGGCUGAUGCCCAGCAACCGGACGCGGCUGGGCCAGAGGGUGUUGCACAUCAUCAACGUGUCGUACGAGGACUCGGGCGUCUACUCGUGCCGGCUCGCCCACAGCAACACGCUGCUCAACUACACCCUCCGAGUGACAGAUUCUCUGUCGUCUGGUGAUGACGAAGAUUAUGACGAAGAUCCAGAAGAUGGAGGUAAUGGAAAUGAGGCUCCAUUUUGGACCAGGCCUGACCGGAUGGACAAGAAGCUCUUGGCCGUUCCAGCCGCCAACACUGUCAAAUUCCGCUGUGCCGCUGCCGGAAACCCAAUGCCGACUAUCCACUGGCUGAAGAACGGCAAAGAGUUCAAGGGAGAACAGAGGAUGGGAGGCAUCAAGCUGAGACACCAGCAGUGGAGUCUGGUGAUGGAGAGCGCCGUGCCGUCAGACCGGGGAAACUACACCUGCGUGGUGCAGAACAAGUAUGGCGCCAUCACCCACACGUACCAGCUGGAUGUGCUCGAGCGUUCCCCUCACAGGCCCAUCCUCCAGGCGGGGCUGCCGGCCAAUCAGACGGUGGUGGUGGGCAGUGACGUGGAGUUCCACUGUAAGGUGUACAGCGACGCCCAGCCGCACAUCCAGUGGCUCAAACACAUCGAGGUCAACGGCAGCCGCUACAGCCCCGACGGCGUUCCCUACGUCAACAUCCUGAAGACGGCUGGUAUUAACACUACAGAUAAGGAGCUAGAGGUUCUCUUCUUGACCAAUGUGUCUUUUGAGGAUGCGGGCGAGUACACUUGUCUGGCAGGGAACUCUAUCGGCUAUACUUACCACUCUGCCUGGCUGACGGUGCUUCCAGCAGUGAGCCCGGAGAAGGAGGACUACUAUGCUGACAUCCUGAUCUACGUGACCGGCUGCGUGCUCUUCAUCCUCGCCGUGGUCAUCGUCGUCCUCUGCCGCAUGAGGAUGACCACGCAGAAGACACUGCCGACGCCGCCCGUGCAGAAACUGUCAAAGUUCCCCCUCAAGAGACAGGUAACAGUGUCCUUGGAUUCCAACUCCUCCAUGAACUCCAACACCCCGUUGGUCCGGAUCGCCCGCUUGUCGUCCAGCGACGGACCGAUGCUCGCCAACGUCUCGGAGCUGGAACUGCCCUCUGACCCCAAAUGGGAGUUUCCUCGAACACGGCUGACUCUGGGUAAACCUCUGGGCGAGGGUUGCUUCGGUCAGGUGGUGAUGGCCGAGGCUGUCGGCAUCGACAAGGAGAAGCCCAACAAGCCGCUCACUGUUGCUGUGAAAAUGCUGAAAGACGAUGCCACAGAUAAGGAUUUGUCAGACCUGGUGUCAGAGAUGGAGAUGAUGAAGAUGAUUGGAAAACACAAAAACAUUAUCAACCUGCUGGGAGCGUGCACGCAGGACGGUCCUCUGUAUGUCCUUGUGGAAUACGCCUCCAAAGGCAACCUGAGGGAGUACCUGCGGGCGCGCCGGCCGCCGGGCAUGGACUACUCCUUCGACACCUGUAAGAUCCCAGACGAGCAGCUCACCUUCAAAGAUCUGGUGUCCUGCGCCUACCAGGUUGCCAGAGGCAUGGAGUACCUCGCCUCGCAGAAGUGCAUCCACAGAGACUUGGCUGCCAGGAACGUCCUUGUGACGGAGGACAACGUUAUGAAGAUCGCCGACUUCGGUCUCGCCAGAGACGUGCACAAUAUAGACUACUACAAAAAGACCACGAACGGCCGUCUGCCCGUGAAAUGGAUGGCUCCGGAGGCUCUGUUCGACCGGGUCUACACGCACCAGAGCGAUGUGUGGUCUUAUGGGGUGUUGUUGUGGGAGAUCUUCACCCUGGGAGGUUCGCCGUACCCAGGAAUCCCAGUAGAGGAACUCUUUAAGCUGCUGAAGGAGGGACAUCGGAUGGACAAACCUGCCAACUGCACCCAUGAACUGUACAUGAUCAUGAGGGAGUGCUGGCAUGCGGUGCCAUCACAGAGGCCGACCUUCAGACAGCUGGUAGAAGAUCACGACCGGGUUUUAUCAAUGACCUCCACCGAUGAGUACCUGGACCUGGCGGUGCCCUUCGAGCAGUACUCACCCACCUGUCAGGACUCCAACAGCACCUGCUCCUCAGGAGACGACUCGGUUUUCGCCCACGACCCGCUGCCUGACGAGCCCUGUCUUCCCAAACAGCUCCCCAGUAACGGGGUGAUUAGGACAUAAAACCGGAACUGUGGAGGGCGGCCGGGGGGUCGGUCGGACUUUAACCUCCUCCCCUCACAGUUUGUGUGACUAACAUACACCUCUCAGUGACUCAAGCUCCUCAAGAUAUGGAAAUGAAAAGUCUGCAUGCAAUACUUCCACAGUGCUUCAGCUCUUCGAUUCGUCUUAAAGUCUCGGUCGAAAAUCCUCUUUGACUGAGUUUUCUUCCUCCUCCUCCUCCCAAGGGACUCUUGAAACAUUGAAGGAUUAUUUUUUGCCGUUGAACCAUGUUUGUGUUCUUUUCAGAAAUGAAAUUAUAUUUUUGUACUUGGGCCAGUCUUUUGUUACGGACAAUCUGUGGGGGGAAACCAUUCCGUGCCUACUGGGAUAAAAAAACCUCCUGAGACUGAAAAAAAGGGACGUAGGUGGAGGGAAUGAAGGGCAUUGGUCAGUGACUGGUUGGUGAUCCAGUAGGCGAGGACCUUUAGGAUCGCGAUAAGCGCUCGAGGUCUUCAAGAAAAAUCCGCUGACAAGAUACCAGCAAAGCCAGAAUCAACUCCACGAUGGGACUCGUUCUUCCGAAGACACUCGAUAACUUGUCUCAGCUUUUACAGGAGACGUUCAACAACAACAGAGAGGAUCAACAUGAGCAUAUUAAUGUUUUCUCAUGAUUCAUACGCCAUCGUCACGUUUUUUUCGCAUCCCGAAAACAAAAGAAACAGUUUUGUGUUAAUCAUGGAACAAAUUCCUCAUCAGACGUGAGGCGAAGCUUCAGGGCUGUUCAUAAUUAAUACAGUAAGGUUCAGAGGUUGUUGUUGGGAUUUUUUUUAUGUAUCUAGAAAAUGAUUUAUUGUAAAUAUAUAAAUGCAAAUAUGUAUCAUAUUGCUGUCCACAGCCAUGUACUUAAAAGACAAAAAAUUACAUUUUUUAAAGUAUUGUUUUAGGAUGGAAGCAUUGCAAUCUAGAAGACACUGUCAUGAAAGUGUAAAUCAUUUAAUCAAGAAAAGGUUUAUUUGAAUAAUUAACGUGUAUAUUUGUAAAGAUAUUUAUAGACUUAACAUGUGGUUCUUAAGUUCGAAAGGUCUAGUUUAGGAUUUUAGUACUGUACGCAAAGAUUUUUAUUUCAAUUUUUUUUUGUAACUUAUUUUACAACAGAACUGCGACGUUAUUUUUCACAGCUGGCAGACUCUUCCGGUUUUUGAUUCAUCUUUUUUUUUUGUCGUUUGUUCGUUUGUUCGUUUACAGUUUCAAGAAAUUAGAAUGUAUGACAGACGCGGAGAUGAUUUUUUUAGAGAGCGCGGCGUGAGGAGGACGCGUGAACCGAACGCUCCUCCAGAAAAGGAGCCGGACGUUUUUUUAUGUUUUUUUAUCCGCUGAGUUCAAAUUCUGGUUUGAAAAGUUGACGUUUGCGAUAUCAAAGCAACGAUUAACUCUUGCUGGGCAAGAAAAUGGCAGCGCUUGGUUGAUAUGUACCAGAGAGGCCUUUUAGUAUAACUGAAGUACUUAAAGACACGUUGAACACCAACAACAACGAGCUGUGAAUCAUAAAAACGCCUUCAGAGAACCUCAGCAGCAUGUUCGAGGAAACAUCCCCCUCAUGCUUUCACACUUUAAACACUUCAUACGUGCACGGCAUGUGCAGAAUAUUCAUUUCAAAUAUCCAGAAUGGCCACGAUGGAACAGAAAAUGUCCAUGGCACGUACGCGACUGUACUCCAAAUCCCACAAUGCAAUGUAAAUUAUCGUCAGCUAGUGCACAAGAGCAAUUUCAGACUCAGAAUGCAAAGAAAGUUAACACAGUCACACAGUCUAUCAGUCAGUUAUCUGGUGUGUUAAAGCGUUCUCUGUAAAGGCUUCAGACUCUCAUAUUGUAACAGAAAGGUCACAGGGUCGAUGCUAACAAGCUGUGUGCACACUCAGCUUGAAGGCCGAAAUGCUGCAAUGUCCUUUUGUGCUUGAGUGUUACUAAAAAACAAAAAAACUGCCCAGACGUUUGAGGUUUUAUCGCUGCUCUAUAGUAUUAAUACUGAAAUAAAUGAAGGCAUGCUGUGAGGCUGACAGACCACACAGCAAAUAAAGUAUAUAUACAGUAUAUAUAUAUGGGUUUGUUAAAGGAGACUCUGAAGUCUGUGGUGGAUCCUUCUUCAAGCUUAGUGUGCUAAAAUAAAACUUUUUUUUUUUUUUUUAAAGUGCCAAAUUAGUCUUACAAGUCUCCUUCACCGAGUUCUCCAGAUCUCUGAACCAAAUACUGCACUGUGGAAUGUAGGCGGGUGGGCGGAGGAUGCACGUGCAGGAUCGCCACACGGAUAUUUCCCCCUUCGUUUAUGCAGUCGUCUCUCCAGCUGAGCCCCGAAAAAAGAGCGAAGGGUUGAAAUGUUUACAGUCCGUUCGUAGCAAAGUUCGGAAACGUGAUUCGCUCGCUGCUAAAUGGAAAACCGUGCUAACACUUUGCUGUGCGAUGGCCUUACUCCAGUGUGUGAACUGAAUCUGUAUCUACCCAACAAGACUGUGUCAGUACUUAGAGAAAUCUCCCCAAUAUUUAAAGUACUUAAAGCGUGAACGUUUGUAUUUAAUUCUGUUGCUACACUGGGAGAGUUUUGUGUGUUUUUAGCACCAGGUUAUGAACUCUGUGAUUGGUUUAUGCACACAAACUCUGUAAAGUGAAAGGUGACACACACUUACUGAUAUUUCUGUUUUCAGUCGGCCCCCGAUGAAGUGCCUGGAAUAAUUUAGCGAACAAAAAGGAGAUUGAUGGAUUGAUUCUGAUCACGUUCUGAAUGUAUAAGUGCAAAAAUAAAAUUUAAAAAACAGCAGUUCUCACUAGAAGCAGGCUAUGUGUACAUAUUAGCCCGAUUUCGAUUUUUUUUAACAAGGCAGACAGAAAGGCACUUGUGUAAAGGUUGGAUGGAUCUAAUGAAACGGAUGCUGUUUUAUUUAUUCUUCCAUGCUGGGUAAAAGCUUUCCCUAUGGUGAGAGUGUUUUUAUUCAUAGCUAUCUGCUUUUCAGUGUUGUUUUCAUUAAAGAGCCACAAGAUGAUGAUGACGAUGAUGAUGACGAUGAUGAUGUAGUCAUUUUAAUAGAUACUGAUGCCCCAUCAGGCUUCGCCCCGGCUUAAUUUAUCCUUUAUUUUAUCUGGAUGCCCUCCCUCGCCUUUUCUUCUGUAUCCUCUUCGCUCUCUGCUCUGAUACUGACAGCCUCUGUCUCUUAGAUCAAAAAAUGAUGUGUUGUUUUUAAUAUCUGUCUUGUUUAUGGCAACUAAAGCAAAGUGUGGCCUGAUGAGUGCAGUCAGCUCAUGGAUUAAAAACACGUUGUGUCCAAGCAUCGCUCCUUUCCUGAGUCAUAACUCAGUUAAAUCUGAACACACACAGACAUAAUCAACAUAUAUUCAAACAUCAGAGUAAAAUAUGAUUGUUAUAAUACCAGGACUUGCCUAGAAUUAAGCUUCUUCAGUAUUGACGUAACACUAAUAGUUAUAUAACUUUUAAUUGUGCCAAUUUGCCAAAUCAUCCAAGGCUUCGAGCUUGUGAGGCGUUUCCCACGGCAACCGUUGACUUGACAUUUGAGGGCCGGCGUUGCUAAGGGCCAGCGUUGCUAAGGGCCACGCUGUCAAUUACCGCAGCGAGCUAACUCGCUCGUGUAGCAUUCGUUAUGUACAACUAAUUAACUGCAAAACAUUCGGGAGGAGCCAAAACACAGGAGUCAUUUCAGAAUGAACAUUAUCAUCAGCUCUGGUGCAAAAACAUGAGCCAUGGCCUUUAAAAGCUGCUGAACAGACAGAUGUUGAAAACAAAUGGUUUGCAGGGUGAACACGCUUUCUUUGCUAUCGAUGAAUGAACAGCACAGCCUCAGCAGGGAGGGACUCUUACUGUAUGUACAGCCACACAUCGGCCUUGAACCACCUGUCGUCUUUACUCUGACUGACUAAUUUAUUCUGAUUUUCUGUUGGACAAAAAGAAUCAGGAGUGAAGAUGAAGCUGGAGGAGAGCCGUGCGUGUCACUCCGUCUCUUCCAGAGAAAUCCAAAUAAUCCACAUUUAUUUCAUUUGUUUUAUCCAGGUUAGUUUUCACGCAGCUUUUUCAUCCCGUGUUCAUUUUUUCUGCCGCAGUUCUAACCUGACAUUUAGUCCAGAUUAAUUUAUAGUUUUGCUUUUACGUUGCUGAUGUACAUGGGUAGAGUUUUAUGUAGCUGUGAGCUGUUUUGUACGAAUCUUAGAGAGGAAGCGACUU